UUUUUUAAGGAUAAAAAAGGUUCUUUUUCGGGGUAACGCAAAGAUAAAAACUUCGGGUUUCUUUUGUGUUUUUUUUAAGAAAAUGGAGAAUAUGUGAAGUAUAUGGAGAAGAAGAGAGCGAAUCCCAUGGCGAAUUUGAGCUUUUCCGAUGAGCAUCCGGCGGUGACAGCUACUAGUUUCGGUGGAGGCAUCUUUGACAUGGCGGCAUAUGAAGGUAUUAGUGGCGGCGAUAACAAGUGGGCGUCUUUAGGUUUCAUGGACUUGCUCGGCAUCAGUCAAGAAUUCAUUGCUCCGUCUUUAUUCGAUUCCUUUCAGCCUCCACCACCGCCGCCGUCAACGUCGUCUGAACUUCACCGACAACAACUACAAGGCCUUCCAUCGCCGGCUUCCACCGUGCCCGAAUAUUCAGAGAUUUUAACCAACCCGACAACACCGAACUCUUCUUCCUUCUCUUCUUCAUCUAAUGAAGCUGCAAAUGAUAUUCAUGAGCCAACCAAAGUUGAAGAUAACGAAGAAGAAGAAGAGGAGGAUCAAGACAAGACCAAGAAACGGUUGAAACCCAAAAAGAAGAACCAAAAAAGGCCAAGGGAGCCGAGAUUUGCUUUCAUGACAAAGAGUGAAGUUGAUCACUUAGAUGAUGGCUACCGUUGGAGGAAGUAUGGACAAAAGGCUGUGAAAAAUAGCCCUUUUCCCAGGAGCUAUUAUCGUUGCACCAGUGCAGGAUGUGGGGUGAAGAAGAGAGUCGAGAGAACAUACGAAGAUCCGACUAUCGUCGUCACGACGUACGAAGGGAAACAUACGCAUAUGUACCCGGCAACGCCCCGAGGAACGAUCGGGAUCGGCCUGGAUCCCUCCGGUUUCAGUGUGCCUCAACCUCAGUAUUUACAUCAGCAGCAGCAGCAGCAACAAGUACACUCGCCUUUAUUGAACAUUUGUACUACUACUGCUACUACUACUAGCUUCAAUGCCUCGUUCCCUAAUUUCCUUCAAGAGAGACGUUUUAAUACUCCUAGUUCUUCAGCUUCCUUGAUCAGAGAUCAUGGACUUCUUCAAGAUAUUGUUCCAACACAGAUGAUGAAAGAGGCAAAGGAAGAACAGUAAGAUAUAUUUUUUAAU